AUGGCGGGAGCUGUGAGGAAUUUCACGCUAUCCACAAACGAUGCGAGUUGGGGCGGCGGCGUAGGAAACAACCGCGGCGGCGUAGGAAACAACCGCGGCGGCGUAGGAAACAACCGCGGCGGCGUAGGAAACAACCGCGGCGGCGUAGGAAACAACCGCGGCGGCGUAGGAUACAACCGCGGCGGUAGAGGAAACAACAGCGUCGGUAGAGGAAACUACAGCGGCGGUAGAGAAAACUACAGCGGCGGUGGAGAAACAACAGCGGCGGUAGAGGAAACAACCGCGGCGGUGGAGGAAACAACAGCGGUGGCCAACGAAAUUACCGCGGAGACAACCGCGGCGGCCGCGGAAGCAACCACGGUGGGCAAAGAAACCAUCGCGGCGGCCAGGGCGGUUUUAAAUGUAGCCACGCCUUCGCCGAUAAGCCACGCCCACGAAACUGUCAAAUACCUGGGCAUGCCAGUU